ACCGGAAACGGAGAACGAAAUAAAUCAACAAAACCACAUGGCAGCAAAGGAAGAAUGAAAUCAUGUCUAAACACUGAACAACGACUAGAUGGUAUUUGUAUACAUGGAAAUGCAUGCUUAACAAGAAUUGUUGGAUUAAUUGGUUAAAACACAGUGAUGGCCUCAACUCUGCUUCAAAAGUUUCGGCAUAUGAGAGCAAAUGUUUUGUUACAAGAACCAAUAAUCCAGAAUUUUUUAAAGUGUUCACCAUCUGAGAUCCAUUAUAAUGUGCGUUGGAACAUUAAUGCUACAAAAACAAUAUCAAGAGCAAAAUCAACAUCCUUGCCUGGUAGAGUUAAAAAAAGACUAACCAUUUUAGAAAAUAAGACUUUUCCAGAGACAACAGUUGUUGAAGAAGCAGAGAAGAAACUAAAAGCAAAUGAAGAUGAAACAAAUCCUCGACUUACAAACAGUGUAUCCAACAUAGCAGUUGAUGAAAAAAGCAAAUCAAACCUUGUUUAUCUUCAAAAAAAUAAACGUGAAUCUGAAAAGACUGUUAAGAGUACAAAAAUUUAUAAAAAGACAUCUUCAAAGAGUCAACAAAGCAGUAAGGUUGCUGGUCUUAGCUAUGUCCGAAAGUGUUGUGUUUAUAAUCCUGUAGAUCAGAUAGAAGACACCAGUGAUCUGAGUGGAAACUACACCAAGUACAAAAAGUUUGUAGAUAAUCUGUCGCUUAGUUCGAUUCCAUCCGUUACUGCUAUUAUCAACGCAACCAUGCCAGGCAGUGCCAGAUAUUUCUUAAAUCGCUGGAAAAGACAGAUGAUUGAGGAACUUGGCGAAGAAGGAUUUAAAGAGCACCAGAAAAAAACACUAGGCCUUGGAAAGAAUCUGCACUCCUGUAUACAAAAAUACCUUGAGGGAAUGAGCCAGGAUGACCUCCCGAUGGAGUCAGAUAACCAGGGACACUGGAACAGUCUGGCCCAUGUUUUACCUGACAUCAGUGAUGUGAGAGCUGUAGAGGUGGACGUCAGCCAUCAGACACUGCUGUACCACGGAAAGUUUGACUGUAUAGCCAAAUACAGGGAUAUGCUGUGUCUCAUAGACUGGAAGACUUCAAAGAAAUCAAAGCCUUCACUAUCUAAUACAUUUGAUAACCCCAUCCAACUGGCUGCUUAUCUUGGUGCCGUCAACAGCAGCAGACUUGAUGUAGGAGGGGAGUAUACAAAGGUGAGAAAGUGCGCCCUCGUGAUAGCCUACCCCCAUGGAGACCCUGCCCACGUUCAUGUUAUGGAUAGUGAUCAGAUUGACAUUUACUGGGAUAAAUGGCUGGACCGACUCGAAUACUAUUGGGUCUUGAAAUCAAACAACAAAGUUCCAGCAUGGAUAUGAAAAGUCAGAAAUUAAUAAAAUCAUGAAACAAGCCAUCUUA